AUGGCAGAACGUAUGAAUGAGCCUAUUGAGCAAAUUAUGAUGGGGCAAGCUUUGGAAAUAAUGGAAGAACAGGAAAUGGCAAAGAGGGAACAAGCUGAAAAAGAGGGGAAAAGUGCUCAUAGUAGAAGGCAAGUGGAUCUCGCCAAAGAAGACGCUGAAACCUAUUGGUUUUCUUUCCUUAGAUUCAAAUUAAUUGCAAACCUUUUUUACAUUUCAGGACCUAACAGCAAUAUUAUUAGUUUCACAACAUCGAUUGGACCAAAUAAAUGUACAUUUCAUUCAUGUACGUACUGUUCAUAUUGCUCCUACAGAAAAGAUCAUAUAAUCAAGCAUUUACGAAAACACACAGGGGAGCGACCAUAUGUUUGCAAGAUCUGUGGAAAAGGCACUAACUACUAUGAAAGAAGUUACAUAGCAUCAUUUGGACAAAAUAAAUGCAUUUUAUACACAUGUACCUAUUGUCCAUAUAGGAGUAACAAAAAAGAUAGCAUGAUAAGGCAUUUGAGAAAACAUACUGGAUCAGAUUACAGUAUAGGAAGUUUCAUAACAUCUGGCCUAGAUAAAUUAGUAUUCCAUUCGUGUAACUAUUGUUCAUAUCGCAGUUACAGAAAGGAUCAUAUGAAAAGGCAUUUACAAAGCCAUACUGGUGAACGUCCAUUUGUUUGCAGUAUCUGUGGAAAAGCCUUUACGCAAAAGCAUAAUCUUAAAUUGCAUUUACUUUCACACUGACUAUUAAGUAUACAUGAAAGAAUCUUAAAUAAUGGUAGGAAUUGAGUUUUCAGCUUUAUGAAAAACAUAAACUCAUUCUUAUAUGAAUGUCUUUGUGUAAAAAAUACUACGAAAAUAAAAUUUUAUCCAUUUAACAUAAGAAAAUAAUUUUGAAAAGUUGUGUAUUACUUGUAUUGUUAUGUUAAUUUUGUA